GGGAGGACCGGCCAAGGGAGAACAUUGUGGGCACUGCCGAUGGACAGGCGAUGGUGGCCGGAGCAGGGGCGGAGUCAGGGGCAGGGAAGCAGAGAUUAAACUGCUGUGUGCGAGUGACAGCCGUCCAAGUGCGAAAAGCAAUAUGGGGCGUGGCCAUGGUGAUAUGCGUGUGCUCGUCAUGGGCAGGCUCCACCCAGCUGGCCAAGCUGACCUUCAAGCAGUACGACGCACCGUUCACUCUCACAUGGUUUGCCACCACGUGGAACUGCCUCUUCUUUCCUCUGUAUUACAUCGGCCAUCUGUGCAAGAGUCCUGAGAGACAGACGCCAAAACAGAGGUUUAGAGAGUGUUGUCGGUUCUUCGGGGACGAUGGACUGACGGCAAAGGUGUUCUUCACUAAAGUGGCCCCUUUCGGCCUACUGUGGAUUAUGACGAACUACCUUUACCUUCAGGCUCUGAGAAAGAUCAACAGCACCGAUGUAUCGGCCCUCUUCUGCUGUAACAAGGCCUUCGUCUUUCUCUUGUCCUGGAUCGUGCUGCGGGAUCGCUUCAUGGGUGUCAGGAUUGUUGCUGCCAUUCUGGCCAUCGCUGGAAUCGUGAUGCUGACCUACGCUGAUGGCUUUCACAGUCACUCUGUUAUCGGCAUAACGUUUGUAGUGGCCUCUGCAUCUGCCUCUGCCCUCUAUAAGGUGCUUUUCAAGCUUGUUUUGGGCAGUGCCAAGUUUGGAGAGGCGGCUCUGUUUCUGACCAUUGUAGGUGGUGCAAACUUUGUCUUAUUGAGCUUUGUGCCAGUCAUACUGUACUUCACACAUGUUGAGUACUUCACAUCCAUAGCUGAUCUUCCCUGGGCCUACCUGUGUGGAGUAGCUGGACUCUUACUAGCGUUCAAUAUUUUGGUGAAUUUUGGCAUUGCCAUAACAUACCCUACCCUGAUUUCACUUGGCAUUGUGUUGAGUGUCCCAGUCAAUGCAAUGGUGGACCUGUACACUUGUGAUAUCCACUUCAACACAGUGCGACUCAUCGCUGUGUUCAUCAUCUGUCUGGGCUUCCUGAUGCUGCUGUUACCGGAGGACUGGGAUCAGUGUUUGAUUGAGCUCGGCACCAAACUCAGAAAGCGGGAGCAACCUGUAGAGCCGGCUGAGACUGCAAACAGCUCAGGACUCAACUGGACCCGACGGGCCAGGACCUCCAUGUCCACAUUUUCCCACUGACACGCAUUUAACUUUUCCCGUUCAAAAUCCAGUGACUGGACGAUGCUGGAAAGAGCAUUCGUUCCAUAAUAUUUCUCAUUCAACGAGGCUCCAUAUGCCAUAAUUUACCAUCAUGCACGUUACAACAGAAGCUUUCCGAAGGCAAAUAAUGUUUUUUAGUUCUCCCAACUGUAAGUGGAUUUGAACAAUGACUUGGGUCUUUUAUUUGAAACUCAAGAGCGGGGGUCUCAAACUACUAACAUACGGGCCAUUGGGUAUAUAGUUUAUCUUUAAAAGCAGCCCAUAAAUC